AUGGCGAGCGGUUCAUGGGAAGAGUUCUUUGCCGUUCAUUUGCCUCCGACCGAUUUUGAAGAUAAUAGAUCUCUGUUGAAGGAGUUCUGUGAGAGACAUGACCAAUAUGGAAAUAAGAUUGUUCUCGUCACUUCCGGAGGAACAACGGUGCCGUUGGAGCACAAUACAGUUCGUUUUGUAGAUAAUUUCAGUGCUGGUACUAGAGGUUCAGCUUCGGCCGAGUAUUUCCUCGAGCACGGAUAUGCGGUCAUAUUCAUGCAUAGACAGAAGUCUUUGGAGCCGUUCACGAGACACUUCACUGGACAAAAGCUUCUUGAUAUGCUGGAUUUACAAGAGAGAGGACCCAACACUACUAUAACUGUGAAACCAGACAGCGUGUUCGCCCUCGCCCCAGUCCUCGCGCGGUAUCAGGCCGCUCACGCCGCUGGUGCACUCCUGCAUGUGUCGUUCACAACAGUAUCAGAAUACUUUUGGUUGCUGAGAGCGGCCUGUGAAUGUCUCGCUCAUACAGGAGCAAGAGCUGUUCUGUAUUUGGCUGCCGCUGUGUCAGACUUUUAUAUACCUAAGGAUAGAGUUCCAACCCACAAGAUGCAAUCAGCGAGUGGAGCACCCGUGAUUCAACUCCACCUGGUCCCUAAGAUGUUGGCGCCUCUCGUCAAUCUCUGGGUGCCUGAAGCAUACGUGGUAUCAUUCAAGCUGGAAACCGAUGAAAACCUCCUCAUACCAAAAGCAAGGGCAGCUUUGGAGAAAUAUAAGCAUAAAAUGGUUGUAGCGAAUCUGUUACAAACCCGCCACCACAGGGUCAUCUUGGUAACUUCUAACGCCGUACAAGAAAUUUUACUGACCAGGGAAGAAGUACACGCAGGCGUGGACAUCGAGAGUAUGAUAGUCGGCGAGCUGGUCCGCCUGCACGCCGAGCACAUGUCCGCUCGUCCACGCUGA